AUGAGUACUAGCAAGAAGAUAACUGAUAUUGCCUCCACUUCAGGAAGCAAAUCAGAUGCUCAAAUUGUUCUUACUCAUGUUCAAAGACCUCCUGAGAUUCAGGAUUUCAAAUUUAAAUCAUUUAAUGAUUUGGAAGAACUUUUUGAUAAAAAGCUUUCUAGUUUAAAUAUUAAGCCAAUUGAUUUAUCAAAAAAAUUUGCUGAUAAAAUUGAAACUAUUUCUGAUUAUAAAAAUGAAACUUGGUCAGAGUUUAAUAAACUCAAAGGUUUUAUUAAACCAAAUAGUAAGUAUGCUAAUAAACCCAGAAUGCAAACUUAUUAUUAUUCCCAUCCUACUCCUCAAGAUGUCUUAAUAGAGGAACGUGAUUGGAAUCAGACUAAUACGUCUUACAGUGGUUUUACUGGCCAACUUCGUGGCUGGUGGGAUAAUUAUUUAACUGUUGAGGAAAAGGCUUCGGUUAUUAAUGCAAUAGCCACUGAUGAAGGAGUUGAUAACUUAGGCAUGGCUCUAGUAAAAAAUAGAGAAGAUGUUGUUUAUAACCUUAUUCUUACCAUACUAGAACACUUCAAUGGUAGAUUUACCAAUCAGUAUGAGACUGUUCGUACCCUUUUGAAUGAUAUUAGAUGUAGAACCCUUAGUGAAUUCAGAUGGUAUAAAGAUACCUUUAUGAGUAGAGUUAUGGAAUUACCCGAAAAUAAGUAUGAACAUUGGAAAGCUAAGUUUAUAGAUGGCCUUCCCUCUUUAUUUGCUGAAAGAGUAAGAAAAACUCUAAGGGGUAGCUAUGGUGAAAUUCCGUAUAAGGAUUAUACCUAUGGAAAACUGAUAGGAGUUUGCACACAAGAAGGAUUAAACUUGUGUAAUGAGUUGAAAUUGUCUAGACAGCUUAAGAUAGAUAAGCUUAAGGAGAAAUCUCAAUUAGGAGACUUUUGCACCCAGUUCGGUUUACCCGAGACUUCUGCUCAUAUCAAUAAAAAGAAAAAUAGGUAUCAUAGAUAUCCUAACCCUGACAACCCUUAUAAGAAAAAGAGAUCGAGAUAUAGAUCCAAAGAAGAGCUUGAAACUAGGAAAGCCCAUCGCAAGUCUACUAGAUUUACGAAAAAUAGGUCUAAGCGAGAUCUUGUUGAUAUUAAGUGUUAUAAAUGUGGAAAUUUUGGCCAUAUAGCCCCAAAUUGUAAGCUUCAAAAGUUGAAAACCUUAGAACUAGACGAUGAGUUACGUGUUAAGGUUUAUAGCUUGUUAUACACUUCUAGAUCAGAAUCUGAUUAUAAUUCUGAGUCAGAAUCUGAAGCUGAGGUCGAUUUACUUGAUUUAUCUGAUAGUGAUAAAAAUAUUAAUAAUUCUUGUACAAUUCGCAAAGAUCCCGAAAAGAUUAAAUUGAUUUCUGCACAAAUUGCUAUUGAUAUUUGUGUUGAUCAUCCUAGUGCUCUUUGGAAUCGGAAAAAGCAUAUUGCCACUCUUCCAUAUGAAGAUAAUUUUUCUGAAGGUGAUAUCCCUACUAAAUCUCGACCUUGUCAGAUGAACGCUGAAUUGGUAGAAUUCUGCAAAAAAGAAAUGGAUACUUUGUUACAAAAAGGUUUGAUAAAACCUUCAAAAUCUCCUUGGUCUUGUACCGCUUUUUAUGUAAAUAAUGCUGCAGAAAAGGAACAUGGCGUUCCUAGAUUGUGUUUCUACUGUGUAAACACUGUAUCUACUGUUGAGUGGGGUCCUCGGCGGCUUUACUGUUGA